CAGUAAAGUUAAGUGACAGAAAAGAAGCUAUCGGCUGUUUUUGUUGUUGUGGUCGACAGAAACCCGGUCAGACGUCCAUUUCCCGUUGCCGUACUGCUGCUAAACCCGGAAUUUUAACUGAGCUGACAAACAGAUAGCCACUAUGGGUGCCGGUUCGAGCACCGAGGCCGAAAGGGAGCCGCUUCUUGUCCCUUCUCAUGCGGAGACAAACAGUCCUCCAGUAAACAGCAGAGUGUACGGGAGAAGAUGGCUGGUUCUGACCCUGUUUUCCCUGCUGGGACUCAUGCAGGGGAUGGUGUGGAACUUCUGGGGUCCCAUUCAGAACUCGGCCGUUCACGCGUUCGGCUUCAGCAAGUCCGACAUCGCAGUCCUGGUGCUGUGGGGCCCGGUGGGGUUCGUCCCCUGGCUGCUGUUUAUGUGGUUAAUGGAUAAAAAAGGUUUGCGGGCGUCCCUCCUCCUCUCUGCGUUCUUCAUGUUGCUAGGAGCGGCUCUAAGGAGCAUCCCACUGACAGACCAGCCUCUCAGACGAUGGUUGAUACACGGAGGUCAGUUUCUGAACGGUCUCGCUGGCCCAACUAUAAUGAGUGCCGGCCCCUUCCUCUCUACCACAUGGUUCGCCCCUGACCAGAGAGCCACUGCAACGGCUGUGGCCUCACUCUUCUCUUAUCUUGGAGGCGCUGCUUCAUUUGUAGUAGGACCUCUGGUAGUGCCAGCCCCCAAUGACACCCAGGCAGGAACCACGAUGUCGGCAGCGGUUUCCGACAGCUCCAUCCGAGACAGGAUCCAGCUGGUUAUGUAUGCAGAGUUGGCUGCAAUUGCUGUGCUUUUUGCAGCAGUCCUGCUCUAUUUCCCGUCCCGCCCACCGAUGCCUCCCAGCGUGGCUGCUGCAAGCCAGAGACUCAGUUAUAGGAGCAGCAUCUGCAGACUUCUUAGUAACGUGCGCUUCCUGAUGAUCGCUCUGGCCUAUGCAGUCCCCACAGGAGUGAUUGCUGGCUGGUCGGGGGUCCUCGACAUGGUCCUUACACCAGCCAAAGUCAGCCAGGUGGACGCAGGUUGGAUUGGUUUCUGGUCUAUUGUUGGUGGAUGUGUCUUUGGAGUAGCAAUGGCCAGGUUUGCAGACUCUAUUCGGGGGAUGUUGAAGCUGAUCCUGGUGCUGAUGCUGGCUGGAGCCUCACUGUCCUCUACCUGGUUCACAUUAACUUGUCUGAGCAGAUACACUCACCUCCCCUCUACUGCAGCCAUCCUGUACACCUCCUGCAUCCUGGUGGGCAUAUUCAUUAACAGCAGCGUGCCAAUAUUCUUCGAGCUCUUCAUCGAGACGGUGUACCCGGUCCCUGAAGGCAUCACUUGUGGGGUAGUCACUUUCCUGGGGAACCUGGUCACCGGCCUACUCCUCUUCUUCCUCACCUUUUACUGUACAGACCUGUCGUGGUUGAACUGGUGUCUCACCGGCUCCUGUCUCUUCAGCCUCGUCCUCAUCCUCUUCUUCAGGGAGUCGUACGACCGCCUCUACCUGGACGUCUUCGUCUCUGUGUGACACCGCCGGGAACAAAAACAACUUCAUGAUAAAGGACUGAAUCGUUAUUCUUGCACAACCAAGAGGAGAAAAGGGAGAGGAAGGGAAAGUAGAAAGCCCACACUUUUUUAGGAUUUUAAGAUGUAAAUGUAUAUAUUGGUAUACAGUGGUGAUGGAUUUCUGUUGUAUGGCUGCCGAGAGAACCAAGAAGUGACUCUACACCAAUGUUUACUCUUAUAAGUGACACGAUGCCACAGGACUGUUCAUUACCUAUUUUUAUUUGUCAGUCUUUUUGUUUGUAAACAAACCUGUGAACGGUUUAAUUCUCUUAACCAGGCACGGCACGAUGGACUGUUAAUAGUUGUUGUUUACAGAUUAUAUAAUAUUUAAAGUUCUGCGUCGCCCCGUGCGGCUGCUCGGUUCCCCUUCUUUGACAGUGUCUCAAUUAACUCGACGUUGACUCAAAGCUUACAAGACGGAUUCUGCGCUGACUCUGGAUCAGCAUCAGGGUGUCGGCCCCCCCAACCCACGAACAAGGAAGUAGAGAGUGAUAACAGGACAGCUUCAUCAGCCAAUCAGCAGGCCUGGCUGUGCUGAGUCGGGGCUAAAUGAGUGACCUCUCAAUGUUUUAGUGCUGCUCCGAACCCCCGUCUGGGGAGGCUUAACUGGCCCGACACUGUUACGUGACCUGUGAUACUGCCUGUCAUUGAGAGGCAGGUACUUAUAUAUUAUGUUUUAUUGCCCUCUCAAGACGAAUAUUAUGCAAAAAUGAUCCACCAGAUUCGUGAUUGGAUGCUGGCCAGAGACGUGGGCCGGGACUGGAUAAACCUGCGCUUGUGUUCACCCACCAAUGAACUGUUUAUGUGAAAGAAGCUGAGUCAUCUGAAUUGUUUCAACCUUCACAUUUCAGAAGUUGUUCAGCCUAUUUAUGGUUAAUUGUGUCAAUUUCUGGGAGCAUUUUAAUCUAACUAAAUAAUGUUAGUUUGUUUUUUACAGUUUUUUUAAAAUUGUUUUCCUCUGUAGCCUGCCAGUAUUUAUUGGAAAUGUCUCAACACUAACACAGUUAACACUUUGUUUCACUGAAACAGGAUGUUUUGGGAUGAUUUUUCAACCCCUGCUGAGGCACACUGAGGGAGAUUAUUUAAUUCUACAGAGAUGAGGAUUACGUUGCGUGAUUGCCAAGCUGCUCCUCCUCCAAAGCACCAGCAGGUGUCUCUGCGCCAACUGAGAGUUUACUGACAAAAACAAAAACCUGAAGGGAAAAGGAAGUUACGAUUAUCUUGGAUUCCUUGACUAAUAAAACUGGAGCUGUGACAAAAAAGAACCAGCUCCAGAUCUGGAGGGAGAUAAAUACAAUGAAACACACCAAGGCAAAUGAAAAACAUCUGUCACUUUCAGACAAUUUUUUUCUUCUCUUAGUGUCCUUGUCUCUGCAUAAGCUAUAAGAAGUGUUUUAAUGUGUUUUCCUCUGGGGAUUCGAAGAGGCUUUAUAAUGUUUUUCCUGGUGCUUUUUAUUUUAUUUUUUACUCUCCUUGUACAGAAAAGGUUGUCUUUUACCUUUUGACGUGUUGCCUUAAUUGCCCAGUGCAGUGCGUUCAGCCUCCCUCUCUUCCACACUGUGACUAUAUUAUCUGUAUAUAUUGUUGGAGGUCAUGUUCUUCUGUUCCAGAGCACACACUCUGUGGUUUCCUGGGCUUUGGGUUAUAAAUGUCCUUGUUUUGUGUAAAGGAAAAAGUACAAAUGUGACAGUUUCCAGCACCUUAUUAAAAUAAAACUUUUAAGAAUAA